AGGUUCCUCCCAACAGAAAGAGAGGUUAAACACUAACGUACUGACUGCUUUGGAAAUAUUGAAUAUUAAGACAUCCCAAUCAAUAGAAGAGACACUGAAUGUUGAAAAAUAUCAGAAAAGCAAUAAAAGAUUGUUAUGGCCUCCUCGUCUUACGCCUCUACAGAGGAGACGACAAAUGCCUGUAGAGCCUGUCGACUUCUCUUGGGUCCAUGUACAGAUGAGUUACGUGAUGUUUUACUUCACCAUGUACCACCGCCAACAUUUCAACACGUCAUUAUAAACAAAAAGAGUAAUCUUCCCCGUCUGACAGCUCAACAGAUGAAUCUUAUUUUACCCAGAGGUAGUAGUUAUACAGGAAACUGUGGUGAUAUGGACAUUUCCUUAUUGUACAUACUACUGAGGAAUAUUUGUGGUAUACCACCUCACAGCAAGGGCUGGGGAUUUGAUCCAGACCCUACAGAUCGAUCUCUCUCUGCCAACAUUGAGAGAAUCCGUAUUGCAAGAAAUCAAUCUGUACAUUCUUCUAGUCCCGUCCUCUCCAACGCUGAAUUCAACACAAUAUGGUCCACUGUCAGAUCAGCAGUUGUGGACCUUGAUUCUUUCCUUAACAACGGGAACAAGUUUGAAAGAGAUGUCGACUUUUUGAGACAUGAGACAAUGGACCCCGUCCAUGACCGCCAUUACAUAGAAGAACUGAGGAAACAGGCUGAAAAAGAUGCAGAAACUAGAGAAAUUGUUGAAGGCCUGAAACGUAAAUUUACAUGUCCUCCACACAACGUCUCACAUGAAACAUUAGAGAACAAACAUAAUACAAUAUUUAAACAUUUAAAACUAGGCAACAAAAUAGGAUCAAAUAUAUAUUUGAAUUACUCUUUCUUUUUCAGUUAG